ACCUGAGAAAGGUUCCAUUAUGCCAGUGGAAUCAUCCCCGGAGGAAGAGGCCCCUCAUCAAUCAUUUCCCACACGAAAACAAUUAAAAUACACCAACCAAAACGGCCCCUCGUAAUACUGACUAAUAUAUUAGGCUUACUCAUUAGUCUCCUCAUUAAUGCUGCUUAAUCUUCUUUCUCGCUACACACGCCUUCUUCCCCUCCUUCCCAAUUUCAGUGUGCAAGGAGAGACAUGAGUCUUAGAAAUUCGCAUUUUAAUGUCAAAAGGACUGUUACUUUUCGAUUGUGCAAUGUGUCCAGUUACAAAACUGAGUUGCUAGAAAUUUCCUCUGAUGAUCCCAAACUUCAUGUUCUCUUUAUUCCUGGGAAUCCAGGUGUUGUAUCAUUUUAUAAGGAUUUUUUAGAAUCACUAUACGAGUUGCUUGGAGGGAGUGCAUCUGUUACAGCUAUUGGGCAUAUAUCUCACACAAAAAAGAACUGGGAGCAUGGCAGGUUAUUCUCAUUACAACAACAAAUUGAUCACAAGGUGGAUUUCAUUGAACAGGAGCUGAAAAAUAUUGGGGUUCCAAUAGUACUGGUUGGGCAUUCUAUUGGUUCCUACAUAUCUAUUGAAACACUAAGGAGGUCUUCUGAGAAGGUUAAAUAUUACAUAGGACUUUAUCCAUUUUUAAUGUUGAACCCUCUAUCAGAGAAGCAGAUUAGUAUCAAGAAAAUUGCAGAGUCCUCCAUUCUGUCUGCUUUGCUUAGUUUCAGUAUAGCAUCAGUGGGAGUGCUACCUAGGUGUGCUUCAAGAACAAUUGUGUCAAACUCUAUUGGGAAGUCAUGGUCUGCUACUGCUGUUAAUGCUGCUUGCAGCCACUUGCUACAGUAUCAUACCUUCCGGAACAUGAUAUUUAUGGCAUUGACAGAAUUUAGAAAGCUUUCGGAAACACCAGAUUGGGCAUUCAUGAGAGAGAAUCGGAGUAAAAUGGCAUUCUUAUUUGGUGUUGAUGAUCACUGGGGUCCACUGGAAAUGUUUGAUGAGAUUGGAAAGCAGGUUCCUGGUAUUGCUUUAUCAGUAGAAAGGGAAGGCCAUACUCAUAGUUUCUGUUGCACUGAGGCUGGUUCAGUAUGGGUUGCUCAGCAUGUGUCGAGCUUGAUAAAGAAUCAAGUGUUAAGCUCAAUCCAAUAAAGUGAGACACCUUGUAUAUUUUUAAACAAUUGGACAGAUGAUGAUAAUUAUUCAUCUCAUUCUUUAUAGUGACAAGUGCCAAUUUAUUUAGUGUAUUUUCUGAAAAAUGACUCCAUUUGUUUAUUUUGA